CAUGGAAUUGACACUCCUAGAGGGGCUACCAUAGAUGGCCGAGGAAAGCUCCUUCCUGUCUGCCGCCGAGCCCGCGACUCGCUCCGGAGGAGGGCCGAAGAAGAAAAGGCAGUGCAGGUAGCAAGAGGAAAUUCUGUUAUCUGAAAGACGGCAAUUAGAAAUUUUUGCCGCUUUGCUGCUUUCCGUCCAAACAGUUUUGUUGAAUGAUUCUUUUAGGCUGUUGAUACUGGAAAGAUCUAAAAAAAGACUUCUGCGGUGGUCCUCAAAGAUUGAUGCUGAAAAAGAAAAAGGGAAAAUAAAAUAAAGCUAGUCUCUGCGGUGGAAAUGGCCGUCACACACAAAACGGAGGCAACCAAGUGCCUCCUAAAAGAAAACGUAGAUCCGGAAAUAAAAAUGGAAACGCAGUCUUCCUCGGGCCUUCAAUCCGGAGAAGGAAGGAAAAGAGAGGAUUUCCCAGAAACUGGGAAGAUUAAGCAGGAGUUUAUCCAUCAGGUGAAACAAGAGCCAGAAGAAGGACCAUCAGGAAAUUGGGAUGCCCAACUGCAGGAGUUUCUGAAGACGCUGCAGGCUCCCGAUUCUGGCAGAGAAAGCCCUUCGCUGGCCUGGAAUGACCCUAAAGCCACUCAGGUGCUCUCUCAGGGGAUGAGGGAUGCUAGCAACUGUCCCAGAGGAGUUUGGAUGACUCAGGCCCAGCCGCACCUGGCCGUUGAAGCCCAGCGGGACUAUGAGAGUUCUCAGGAAGCCGCAUCCGGCGGGAGGGGGCCGAAGGGGGCAGUGAGUAGCGGGCCUGGGGCCAGGUUGGAGAAACAGCGCCAGCAGUUCCGGGAGCUUUGUUACCAAGAGGCCGAAGGGCCACGCAAACUCUGCAGGCAUCUCCAAGAACUUUGCCACGAGUGGCUGAAGCCGGAGAAACACACCAAGGACCAGAUCCUGGAUUUGGUGACAUUGGAGCAGUUCUUGGCCAUCCUGCCUUCGGAUAUGCAGAGCUGGCUGAGAGAAAACACUCCGAGGACCUGCGCCCAGGCCGUGUCCCUGGCAGAGAAGUUCAUCGUGAGGCAGCAGGUCAAAGGCUGGAGCAAGCAGAUGAUGGGGAUGAUGGACGGGGAAUCUGAAAAGCCCCCCAAAGGAAACCAAGCUCUGUCGGAAAUGGUGAAGGCACAACUUUUUAGAGAAGCCAAGCAGGAAGCUGGAGGGGAUGCAGGCUCUCCAGCCGAUGGUUGGCUUGAGCCACAGAUGACAUCGCUGAAAACGGCUAGAGAGAAUUACUUCCUGGCUCCAGGUAAACCGGAUGGGAAUCAACAUGGAGCCGAGCAGCAGGACAGAAACAAAAGCGAGGCUGAGACCGACGAGCCGGGUGGGUCACAAGGGUUUUUCCAAGCUGCUACUGAAUCCUCCUUCCUCAACACCAAGGCGACCUACGAUGCAGGGAGCCUCGGCCAAAGCCCCCACCUCGAUGCGUGCGAGAACCCUGACCCGGAGGAGAAGUGUUACAAGUGUUGGCAUUGCAGCCAGACCUUCGGCAGCAGCUCGGAUCUCUUGACCCACGAGAGGACCCACGUGGCCGAGAAGCUCUACAUCUGCUCCCACUGCGGAGAGAAGAAAAGAAUCCGUGCUGGGCAGUUCUCUCACAUCUGCUCCCACUGCGGGAAUAAUUUCAGCUGGCUUCCCAAAGUGAAGCUCAGCGCCGAUCAAGAGAAAUGCUUCAUGUGUUCGGAAUGCGGGAAAUGCUACCUUCGGCAGACAGACUGCCUCAAGCACCAGAAAACCCACACCGGAGAGAAACUGUACGUUUGCACAGCCUGCGGGAAAAAAUUCAUCUCGUACACCUCUCUCAAAGUGCACCAGAUGGCCCAUCGAGGGCAAGACACUUUCCACUGUUUGCACUGCGGGAAAUCCUUCAUGUCCAGGACACACCUGUUGCUGCAUGAACUGAUCCACAAGAACAGCUGCUCGUACUGCGGGAAAAACUUCAGCCGAAAAUCAGAACUGUGCGAACACGAGAAAACUCACAGCGCCACAGAGUAGCUGCUUUGCCUUCCUUUUAACUGUAGGAAAACAUUUUCUUGAACCGGUUUGAAGGGCCGGAGAGACACCUGAUCUCUUGAAAGCCUUAGAUGGGGUCGCUAACGAGCUCCCAAGUUUUAUUACCCAGGAUUUUUUUUUUUUAAUACGGCAAAAGUAAGAAAGCAAGUCAAAACUUUUUACUAGAAAGUCAUUGUAAAAGGGCUGUGCGGGGAUUCCAAGUCGCUGUGUUUUAUAAGAGUAGGAACGCAGCAGGUCUCUCUAAUUGCGUAAAGCUGUUUUUGUCUUCAUAGGAUGCGGUGCCAGCUGGGAGGCAACUGCCUUGUUGAAAGAAAAAGCAUAGCUGCUUUGUAGACAGUUGCCACAUUGGCGCUCCAAAUUUGUUUUUCAGUGAUCAGAUCCCAAAUCAAACUGCAGCUAUUAUCUAAACUUGGUUGUAAUUAAAUUUAAAGACAAACUAAGUCAAACGGAGCAUUUUCAUGCUCCCAAAAUAACAUGUUAUUUUUUUAUAGAGCACACAAGCAGCACUCCAAGCUUGGGUCGGCCUUAGGGGGAAAAAACCAAAUCAUAGAUGAAUUUUUGUUACAGAAUCAUAGGGCUGGAAGGGACCUUGAAGGUCUAGCUCAACCCCCUGCCCGGUGAUGAUUUCAUCUAAAAAGAAGCAACACCUUUUUGAUGUUGCUAUAAAAAGUAGUUUUGUGAACCACGUUUAAAUGCAAAAUUACUAAAAAAAAAUUAUUAAAGUAGGAUUUACAUGUUCAAAAUGUUUGCAGAAAGUGAGGUAUAUUAGUGAAAGAAAGCCCUUUGGCCUCUGAUGGCACAGCGUAGUAAUAUCUUCAUUUAUUUGCCCGGAAAUGUUUUAUGGAAAAAUGAGAAGACAGACAGGAGCUGAUGCCACAGGUCUCAUGUAUUUUUAAAAAAGAAAAAAAAUGAAGCCUUCCCCAGCCCCGAACCAGAUGUUUUGAAACUACAGUACCCAGAAUUCCUAGCAAGGAUGUUCCUUGCCAGUAGUUAGACAAUUCUGUGAGUUUCCAACAUAGAAGUUCUUUCUUUCUUUCUUUCUUUCUUUCUUUCUUUCUUUCUUUCUUUCUUUCUUUCUUUCCUUCCUUCCUUCCUUCCUUCCUUCCUUCCUUCCUUCCUUCCUUCCUUCCUUCCUUCCUUCCUUCUCUUUCCCUCUUUUCCUCAUUCCCUCUUUUUUACUUUUUAAUUUUUUAAUUUAUAUUUUACAUUUCUGAAUUGCCAAGUUCCUUCAAAGAGGGGCAUCAAAAUAUAAAACAGUAUACAACAAUUAAAAUGUUAAAAGUUAAAAUCUUUCUUUCUUUCUUUUUCCUCCUCUUUCCUUCUUUCCUCUUUUUGUUUUUAAUUUAUUUACAUUUUGCAUUUCUGAACUGCCCAGUUCUCUCAGAGGAGCAUUAAAAUAUAAAGCAGUAUAUAAGAAUUAAAAUGUUAAAAGUUAAAAUGUUUAUCUUUCUAUAUCUAUCUAUCUAUCUAUCUAUCUAUCUAUUCUUCCUUUCUACCUUCCUCCCUCCUCCUUUCCUCCCUUCCCCCUCCAACCUUCUUAGCACCUAAACCAGACUUAUUUCUUUGUCAGUGUGUUUUAAGACUGCAUUUUUUUUUAAAAUUUACAUUUAUAUCCAGCCCUUCUCCGAGGACUCAGGGCGGCUUACAGUGUAUAAGGCAAUAGUCUCAUUCUAUUUGUAUAUUUUACAAAGUCAACUUAUUGCCCCCCCCAACAAUCUGGGUCCUCAUUUUACCUACCUUAUAAAGGAUGGAAGGCUGAGUCAACCUUGGGCCGGGCUUGAACCUGCAGUAAUUGCAGGCUGCUGUGUUCUAAUAACAGGCUUCUAACAGCCUGAGCUAUUAUGGCCCAAUUGCUACAUCCUCCUCUUAAGCCAUUCUUUCUUUCAUCGCAGCUUGUUUUCUUAGAGGACAUUCUGCUGAAUAUAAUGGGAGUUUCUGAUCUAAACGUUCUCAAAAAAUGGAGUCACAUACAUAGUAAGAAACUGGGGAUAAAAGAUGGCCUUGCCUAUCACCUGGAACAACCACAGGCCUGAAUGAUAAAAGCUUGUACGUUUAGCAACUUGCUAGUGUAGAAAUGCAAUGCAUUCAGAGGAUUUGAAAUACCAUGUACUUAGGAAGUGUGAGUCUGAAAAAAUACUCCGUUGCAUAGGAUUGUUAAUGCACUACUCUUCUGUAAAGGCUAUUGGCACAGUGAAAUAUCAGCUUGCAUUUUGAUCAGCCUGUUUCCCUCUAUAAUUGUAAGCAAGAGGAAAAGAGAAAGGGAAUCUUUUAAUUGGAAGAUCACAAAUGCAGCUGCACUGAGAGAUUUCUUCUUAAUCUCUUUUCUGAUGUUGUCAGAUUGACUUAUCGCUAUUCAAAAUGUCAGAUGGAAUGGAAUUACACUGACUUGACAGUAAAUAACCCUCAUUUUCCAUGGUUGAAUUAUUUUCUAAUUUUCAACAAUAAAAUAAAAUAUAUUUGCCUUGCAGCUUCAUAUCUUUUGUAUUUUUUUUAUGAUCUAGCUGUUGCCAGACAACACCAGGCUUAAAAAAACCCAGAAUUCCCAGCUACUGUGGCUUUUACUACCGUGGGAAGAAAGGCUGAAUAAUCACAUCUAAAAUACAAUUAUUUAGAUUUACAGUGAAUAGCCAUUGACAAUUAUAGUGCUAAGCAUUAAUCUCCAGAUUGUAGUUAAGUGACUAGGAGAUAACUACAGGUAGUCCAUGAUUUAACAUAACAUAACAUAACAACAGAGUUGGAAGGGACCUUGGAGGCCUUCUAGUCCAACCCCCUGCCUAGGCAGGAACCCUACACCAUCUCAGUCAGAUGGUUAUCCAACAUUUUCUUAAAAAUUUCCAGUGUUGGAGCAUUCACAACUUCUGCAGGCAAGUCGUUCCACUUAUUAAUUGUUCUAACUGUCAGGAAAUUUCUCCUUAGUUCUAAGUUGCUUCUUUCUUUGAUCAGUUUCCACCCAUUGCUUCUUGUUCUACCCUCAGGUGCUUUGGAGAACAGCCUGACUCCCUCUUCUUUGUGGCAACCCCUGAGAUAUUGGAACACAGCUAUCAUGUCUCCCCUAGUCCUUCUUUUUAUUAAACUAGACAUACCCAGUUCCUGCAACCGUUCUUCAUAUGUUUUAGCCUCCAGUCCCCUAAUCAUCUUUGUUGCUCUUCUCUGCACUCUUUCUAGAGUCUCAACAUCUUUUUUACAUCGUGGCGACCAAAACUGGAUGCAAUAUUCCAAGUGUGGCCUUACCAAGGCAUUAUAAAGUGGCACUAACACUUCACGUGAUCUUGAUUCUAUCCCUCUG